GCCCCGCAGCGCGGCAGCAGGUGGCGGCCCGGGCCCAGCGAUGCCCAAAGGCAGGUUGGCCAACCCCAGCACCGAGCGGGACGGCGCUUGGUUCCCGCACCUUGGAAUAUUCCAUAGUCAACCGGAAUCAAUCACAGACUGUAUGCUAAAACAGGUACAAAAUCCAGAAGAGGUUCAAUAUAUUGAGAAGAGAUUGCCACUAGUAUACAAAAUUCGGGAGCAGAAAGCAGUAAAAAAUCACUUUCCAUUUUCAACCCAUGACAACAGGCAUUGUUUACAGAAUGUGGGAGAAUACUUUGAUUUUAGCCUAGGACGAAAGAAGGUUGAACCAGAAAGAAGGCAACAGAAUUCACAAAACUUCUGUCUGUGGGCACAUGAGUACAUUCCUAACAGUCAUGAUGGUUUUACCAUUUAUCAAACAUCAUUCAUAGGUGAUCAAGAUACCAAGCGUCCUUUUUGUAGACGAUAUCCAAAACAGCACUUAGAAAGGUGCUAUAUUUAUAAAUCUAUUCCUGAGAAUGAAAAACACAUGUAAUCAAACCACCAUGUUAAUUGCAGGACUCCUUAUUUAGUAUUAAUUAUUUAGUAUUAUUUACUCCUUAUUUAUCAAUAUCCUUUCUUUGGGUCUGAACCACUCUUACUCAUCAAACACAUGAUGGAAUAAAUAAAUAAAUAAAUCUGUGUAAAAUGGAUACUGCAGUACAUGUUGCAAAUAUUUACAGUUGGCAGGUUCAUUGAAAUUAGCAAUUAUCUUGCUGUUUGCAUUCUUUAGCUUUACUGAAAACUAAAAUUACUAUGAAAACAUAAGUUACAAUAAAGCAAGUUGUAAUGAAUCACAACAACAUUGGGAGGUAAAAUAUAGUUGUCUUUGUAUAGUUAUAUUUUUAAAAAUAGCAAUAUUGGAAGAAGAGAGGCAGGCCCAGAUCCACAAGGGGACUUAUGUGUUGCUCUGAGCUCACCUACCAGAUUGGUCGAGAUAGGUGGAGGGAAGCCUAUCUUCACCUGGUUUGAGGAUCCUCUGGGGCUUAGGCAUGAGAUAGUCACCUGGAUGACUAGAGUGUAAGGCAUUGUGUGCAUGCCCAGUGGCAGAAACAUAGGCACCAAGGGAACUUUGACAGAAAAAAUUUAGGCACUGAGGGAUUUUAGGCACCUACUGGGUUAGGCAGCAGCCAAGCAGGAGU